GUGGCAAGGGCCACGGCUACGGGUCGUACGGCGGCGGACAGCCUCCACCGCCGCCGUCGAAGGGAGCGUACGGUGGCGGCGGCAUGGGAGACUACGGCGGCGGCAUGGGGGACCACUGUCGCGACGUCGUUCUCACUUUGGAGGACUUCCUCAUCAGGCGCGAAGAGGCCCGCAACGCCGCGGACUGGGCGGAGGCAGACAAGAUCCGAGACGUUCUCAACAUGAUGGGCAUACACUUGAAGGACAAAGAGCGGAGGUGGAACUUGAACGAUGGCCGAAGCGGAGAGUACCCUCCCAGAUUCUGA